AUGAAGACCUUCUUCAACCUCGCCGUGCUGGCGACUCUGGCCAGCAAUGCCUUCGCUCAAACAUCUACCCUCUGUAACCCGCUCGAGAAAUCUUGCCCAGCCGACCCGGCACUGGGUACGACGCACGAAUGGUAUUUCAACACCACACUCGACACUGCCAUUUGGAACAUGACAACCGGUGAUUACACCACCACCGAUGACGGAGCCGAAUUCACCAUUAGCAAGGAAGGAGAAUCGACCUUGCUCCAAUCGAACUUUUAUAUUUUCUUCGGCGUUGUCGAGUCCUGGGUCAAGAUGGCCAAGGGCGGCGGUGUCAUUAGCAGCGUGGUGCUGGAGUCGGAUGACCUGGAUGAGAUUGAUUGGGAAUGGGUUGGAUACAACACCAGCCAGGUGCAGAGCAACUUCUUCGGCAAGGGUAAUGACACUACUUUCAACCGUGGCGGUUUCCACGCUGUCGCCAACGCUGAUACCGAAUUUCACAACUAUACCACCUACUGGGACUCGGACAAGCUCGAGUGGUGGAUCGAUGGCGAUCUUGUUCGCACUGUUCCUUACUCGACAGAUAGCACCCUCCAGGGCAAGAACUACCCGCAGACGCCUUGCCAGGUCAAGAUCAGUAACUGGCCCGCUGGUACGAAGAAUGCGGCCCCGGGUACCAUCGAAUGGGCUGGUGGCUUGGUUGAUUAUAGCAAAGGACCUUUCACUAUGACCGUGCAGAAGAUCCGUAUCCAGGACUUCCACACCGGUAAGGAGUAUAGUUAUGGGGACCACUCCGGAGAUUGGCAGAGCAUCAACGUCGCAGAAGGAAACUCUACUGCUCUCAACGACAUCAACAACCCGCCCAAGUCUCUCGCCGAGAAGUGGGAUGACCUAGGUACAGGCGCCCACGCCGGUGUCUACGUCGGAGCCGCGGCCGCCGGAACCCUCGUUCUCGUCGCACUGGGACUCUACUGCGUGCGCAAGCGUCGUCAGGGCCGCCUCGAACAGGCGCUCGGCAACGAUCAGUACGACAACGAUCGCAACGAGAUGCAGAACUACCAGAACGACUGGAAGGCAAGCGAAUGGCGAACCAGCGGCUAUCACCAAGUCAAGUAA